CAGAUGGUUAUCAGGACAUUUUCUGUACUAACAGCUGCACUGGCAUUUGAGGAAACCACAAGAUAGGACCCAACAUGGAGCAACCUUCUCAUUUGAUGAAAAUGGAGAAUAUAUCACUGGGUUACGGAUCUAUAAAGGUAUCACAGAUGCAGAUGAAAUGAAUAACAACUUCUUUGCUGAGUUUUCACCUUGGGCUCCACCAGAUCAGCAGCUGAACAUCACUUCAUCAUUAAUAAAAUGGAAGACAAAUAACAAUGAAAUCCCAAUAGCUCAAUGCUCAGCCAAUUGUGCCCCUGGACAAAGGAAGGUGCCAAUACCUGGAGCCAAAACCUGCUGUUAUGAUUGUGCCCCUUGUUCCAAUGGAGAGAUCUCCAACACAACUGAUCUGACAAGAUGCCAGGAUUUGGCUCACUGAAUUACCAAUCUCUUUAUAAAGUGUCAGCUUUUUAAGAUCACUCAUCAUUAUAACAAUGUGUCUAUAGGGGCGCAGCAUAAGCACAGACACAUCAGACAC